UUUAAAUAUAUGAUAACAAAUGUGACUGAAACUGACAAAACAAUAAUAUUUGUAGUAAAAUAUGUGCAUUUUCCUUCAUAUCCAUCGAGAAUAAAAGUGUAAAUUGUUGUGUUAUUGUUUCAAUUCAUGAUAAAAUGAGCGGAACUCCAGUUGAAAUUCAUUGGUUUCCACGGCAUUCAAAUCGUUUUGUGACGUGGGGUUCUGAAAUAAAUUUGUACCAAGUUAAAAAUACGGACGAUGUUGACCAUCGUGUAUCAACAAACAUAAAUUUGGAUAUAUCUCUGGCGACAACAGCAACGCUAUUGGCAUCAGAGACAAGAUAUCAAUACAUUCGGUGUGUUGCACCAUCAUUUCGAAGUUCGGGUGAUUUAUUAUUGGCAGUCGGUUUGGCAAAUGGGAAAGUUGGACUGUCUAAUUUUGUCUCAUCAAAUGAGAACAACAUUGAAUUCACUCCAAAACAGUCACGACCAACUGUCUGUUUGUCGUGGCAUGAAAGCGAAACAAAUCUUCUGGCAAUUGGUCAUGAUAGAAAUCGAUCUGAUCAUUGCAUAACAGUUUGGGACACCGAACGUGGUGUUCCAAAAGAAAAAUCAGUUUUACAUUUUAUUGGAUUGUCGGAUACAGCGCAUUCUCUUUGCUGGGAUAAAACGGGUCGCAUUUUAUUUGCUGGAAUGAGCCAUAAAUACAUGAAAAUGAUGGAUUUGAGACAAAACUCACCCACAGUUAACGUAUGUAAUACACGGGCCCUACAUGGUUUGACGAUUUCCGCAAAUGGUCGCCUGCUAGCCGGUUUCGUCGAUAAUUCAAUCAGCUUAUGGGACAUUCGAAGAAUUGAAAAGCCAAUUUCAGUUGCAAACACUGAAAAAAAUAUCAGCGAUAUAAGUUGGUGUCCAUCACGUAAUUCCACAUUAGCAACACUUCAACGUGAUUCACCAUUCGUUCAUUUGUUUGAUUUUCAUUGUUCAUCGCCCAAUGAAAGUGUGACUGAUGUUGUAACGCAUUCAAUUAAACGAAUCGUUUCACCGUUCCAAAAGAAAAUUAGUGCUGCACCAAGAAAUAUUACCCUUAGCAAUAUAUCAUGGCAUCCAUAUCAGGAACGUUUGCUUGCACUAUCUGGCUCGGGAAUUAUUUGUGAUUUUAAAAUACCUCAGCGCAUUGCUAUAUCAAUUGAUGCACUGAACAAUUUAUGCGGAGCCAUUGGAUCACAGUUGAACUGCUUGAAUACACCGUCACCACCAUCGACUCCAUGUGAAUCGGCCAAUCCAUGGGUCGAAAACUCAAACAGCACCGAUCAUAUAUCGUCUGCUGGAUUUCCCGAAGAUAUUGUCGAAGUCAUGCAUCGCAGAGCAUGCAAUGAUUAUGGAUUGAUUCAGUCUGAUAUUCAAAAAAAUGGUGAUUUGGCAAAUAGUGAAGCCUUGAAGUCGGUAUGGGAAAUGUUAGCGCGGAUUAAACAAGAGGAUUGUGGUCUUGGGUUGAAAGACAUUAUUGGCAUAAGCGAAACAGUUCUAUUAUCUUGGCAAGACUUCCCCAAUGGACUACCGAUGAAAGGAUAUAAGAGCGACCAACGUGAUUUCUGUCGACAUUUAAGCGGGUGGACAUUCGAUCGCAGUACCAAAGAUAGUUUUCUUCAGUUCAUCGAUGGACUGUGCGCUAAACAGGAAUAUACCCGUGCUGCGAUGAUUGCAGUUUUUCAACUGAAAAUUCGACUUGCAAUCGAUAUAUUGAGCAAAGGAGCCGAUAAUACAUUGGAAUCGAGUAAUUUGCGAAUGGCAGCGAUCGCAUUGGCUGGAUUCAGUUUUGAAAAGAGUGCAAUUUGGAGAUCUCAGUGUGCCACAGCACAAACUCAAAUUAGUUGCCCUCAUUUAAGGGCAUUAUUUGCAUUUUUAACGCCAGAAAAUGGAUCGUACGAAAAAGUGUUGAAUGAAAAUCGUUUGUCAAUCGCUGAUCGCAUGGCAUUUGCAUGUCAAUAUUUAUCGGACAGUAAAUUAUCCGACUAUAUAAAAACAAUGAUACAAACAUGUAUAAAAACACGCGAUUUGCAUGGACUUUUACUAACUGGGGCAACGCCGGAAGGCAUCAAAUUGCUUCAAAGCUAUUUAGAUGGAACCGAUGAUGUCCAAACGGUUGCAUUGAUUUGCAUAAAAUUUUUGCCAAAAGAUUUGCUCGAAACUUAUGAUGUGCAAUAUUGGAUUCAGUCGUACCGCGAACUACUUGACAUAUGGCGUCUAUUCGAGACACGCGCACAUUUUGAUAUCAUGCUAAGUCAAAUGAAUACUUCACCAAAACAUUCAAAGUCUGUGUAUCUAUCUUGUUCAUUUUGCGGGAAAAAUGUUUCGGCUUCUAUGUAUGAUGAGACAAGAGUCCGCUCACCAUCGUCAAAUAUUAAUAAGUUGUCCUCAUGCCCAAGUUGCCGUAAGCCGCUACCACGCUGCAGCAUCUGUCUUUUACAUAUGGGAACAACGAACGGCGCAUCAUUUCAGAAUAAAUCGGGUUCGGGGUGGCUCAGUAAGCCCUUUAGCAAAUGGUUUGCUUGGUGCCAGUCGUGCAGUCACGGAGGUCAUUCCGAACACCUUACAUCUUGGUUCAGCACACAUGCUGAAUGCCCAGUGGCUUCAUGUUCGUGCAAAUGCUUUGGACUGGACUUUCCACUUCUGCCACUUAAUGGAAUCGCUGGCGAAACUACUUACUAGAAGUUACUACACAAAUUCAUUAAUGAAACUUGGUGCUUAAUUCAUAUAGAAAAAAACGAUUCUUUUAUUGUUGUCACUGUUUCGUUUGAUUUCAUUCUGUUUUUUUUUUCUUCAUCAUAUGAAAUUCAGGACAGAAAAUGAAU